CAAGAUAAAGUGGGCGACCAAGAGUAAAGUGACUGAUCAGAACACGGUUGAAGACGCUGGUGGAAAUGGAAGCUGGAAAACAAUGCGGAGAUUCCACCAAGGCCGAUACUGUAAUGGUCUCCAGACUGUCUGCGGGCAAGGCUACACGAAAGACCGAGCAAAAGGAGAACAAGACGGAGGCACUGCAACAAUUGGCCGAUGUAUGGUGAGGCAAGCACUGGGUGGAACUCGAAGCCUGAAGAGGCUCCGAGUCGAUACAUAAUACGGGCCUUAUGUGGGUUUGGAACUCCGAAAGCACGCCUAAAUCCCGUUCCCACGCUCAGCCUCCUCUUCCAGCGCACUCCCCUUUGUCGCCACCUACCCUUGUUCUUAUACCUCCUGCUUCACUACCUCCUUUUACUCUCUAAAUCUCUUCUCUUCCUGGUUUUCUCUUCUCUCCUCUUUCUAUUCCCAUUGGUGAGUGUUGUCCCCAUCGAUUAUAUCGCUGAUUUCGCCCUACGGUUGUGCCUCGUGGUUGCCAUACUUCAUGACUCCCUUCACGGCAUUGUGCCCUUGUCAGACGUAAAGAUGACUCUUGUUGUCGACCUUUUGUCGUCUGGAGGAGCUAUUGGGCGGUCUGUCUAUGGGAUUUGUUGCUGCGCUGGGAGCUGUGCCGUGGUUCCCAGGCGCCGAUCAGCUAAAGCCAUCCUCGCCCCACCUACCUUCUUAUUCUCCUACCACCACCUCUCCGAAUUUUCUCUCUUCUCUUUGCUCUUCUCACAUCAACGGAGCUUAUAUUGACUCUUUUGCACCAACAGAAACGUAUACACCCGUCAAUCUCAACCUCAAUAUACACAGAUGGCCGAUGCUGCACAUAAGUUGGACUUGAGGGUUGGUGGAAAGUACAGACUGGGCAAGAAGAUUGGUUCCGGUUCUUUCGGUGACAUCUACCUCGGAAUCAACUUGAUCUCCGGUGAAGAAGUCGCUAUCAAGCUCGAAUCUGUCAAGGCUAAGCACCCCCAACUCGAAUACGAGUCCAAGGUCUACAAGACCCUCGCUGGUGGCGUCGGCGUCCCAUUCGUCCGAUGGUUCGGUACUGAAUGCGACUACAAUGCGAUGGUCAUCGAUCUUCUCGGUCCUUCUCUUGAGGAUUUGUUCAACUUUUGCAACAGGAAGUUCAGCCUCAAGACUGUCCUUCUCUUGGCCGACCAAUUGAUCUCCCGUAUCGAGUACAUUCACUCUCGCAACUUCAUCCACCGUGAUAUCAAGCCUGACAACUUCCUCAUGGGCAUUGGCAAGCGCGGCAACCAAGUGAAUGUCAUCGAUUUUGGUCUUGCCAAGAAGUACAGGGACCCGAAGACCCACCUCCAUAUCCCUUACAGAGAGAACAAGAACUUGACGGGCACGGCUCGUUACACCUCCAUCAACACUCACUUGGGUGUUGAACAAGCUCGUCGCGAUGAUCUCGAGUCUCUCGCUUAUGUCCUCAUGUAUUUCCUCCGGGGAUCGUUGCCCUGGCAGGGUCUGAAGGCUGCCACCAAGAAGCAGAAGUAUGAUCGGAUCAUGGAGAAGAAGAUGACCACUCCAUCUGACCUCCUCUGCCGUGGCUUCCCCCACGAGUUCAGCAUCUUCCUAAACUACACCCGUGCUCUGCGCUUUGAUGACAAGCCUGACUACUCUUACCUCCGCAAGCUCUUCCGUGACCUCUUCGUUCGUGAGGGCUACCAGUACGACUACGUGUUCGACUGGAGUGUCCAGCGUGCUACCACUGAGGACAGCGGCGCAGGUAGUAGCGCCAAGGCCCCCGGAGGCAGACGCAAGGUCGUUCAAGAGGAUGACGAGCAUCGCGUUGGUGAUAGAGUGUAGCCUGCGUUCCCACACUCGCCAGCAGCAGCAACAGGCUGGCAUGCCUGGUGCCGUUGGUCAGCAGCGCAUGGCUCGUGGUCGCGAGGGUGACAUCUGGUAAAUGGCUACUACUGUGAAUUAUGUCAAGAUCGUCACGUUGGUAGCACGUCCGGAGUACGACCGAGCACUGGGGGCGGAGGGAAGGUGAAGAGAGUUUGCUCGGUCCGGUGGUCGUUGCUUGUGGUCGUGUGGAAUAUGCGUUGCGCGUCGGUUUAUGCUAUUGGUCCGGAAGAGGUCGCAACGUUGCAAGGUUUUCCGUAGGAGUCGGUCAGGAGCAGCAGGUCCGGAACUCGCUGCCUUGGAGGUGCUUUCGCUUUGCCUCAUAUCGUACCUGCUUCGCAGUAAUCGAUUUCCUCGUCAUCCUCGUGCUCAUCAUAUUCGCCACCUCUGGGAUCGUCUCAUAUCGGUACUCCUAGACGCUCCUCGGAUGAGCCUCUCCGGCCGCACUCAAUCGCAGCAAGGUUUUGUAUUUUUAUUGCGUACGGACGCUUUUUCUCUUCACGUCCUUGCAUCUUCUUGUCCGUUGUUUCCGACGAUGGUCUGGAGAUGUGAGGACCGCCUCGUCCUUUAUCGUCGUAUAUGUGUUUGCCCCCUCGCGCCGUACAUGAUUCUUCUCAUGAAGUUCUAAUUCUCUCUCGUCUCCCCUUACAUUCACCAUCCACUCCCACGAUGUUUUACUAUAUGUAUACAUCGACGCCUGACUCCCUCAUUGUUUGAUCGUUUCCUCUAUAAACACGCUCCUUAGUGUAGUUCCAUUUCUCCGUUUCUCGUCAUUUUGCUACUAGGUUGAUGUGUAUAUGUGUUCCUCUUUCCCUCCACCUCUUUGGCGACUUUUAAUGGUCAACAUCGAGGGCGAGCGGGCAAGAGAGGGCGUCAAGGAUAGUUGUGCUGGUGCUCAGAAUUGGAAGACGGAUUACUGUGUAACCAUUAGUUUAUCCCCCCAAGAAAUGCAUUUGUCGUGUCUUC